AUGGCGACCAUCACCGCCUCGCCACCUACAAUGUCACCGCCAUUAGCGGCAGCGACGCCCACCCCUUCCUCUCUGCCUCCGCUGAUCACGACGACACCCAGGCCGCGGCGGCCGAGUUCUCAGAGGCCGAAUUCCUAUGUCGACAGACGGAUGUCGUCCUUCUCCACCAACUCAAAGGCGUCACAUCCGCCCGCAUCGCGACCCGCCUCUCACGUCUAUCCCGAGUUUCACUCGAGCCUGUCUUACACUCUUGUGCGCGAUUUUGCCUAUUUGCCCACCCAUCCUCUACAUUACGGGCCGUCUCCGGACCAGUCGGGCCUGUCGACGCCUGUCAGCGAGUCAAGACGAUCCUCGGAUCCUGCGAUCUCAUCCUGGGACGAUUCGAGGGUGAACUGGUCGGCGACGCCUCCCUGGAUAUCUGAAACAAGGACGGGCUCAUGGGGUCGUGAUCGCCUCCCAGCAAUGACAUUUCGGGAUGGAGGGCCGCCGUACAGUGAAGAUGAAGAUAUUCAUUCCCCCAUUGUGACCACGAACCGGCAUAAAAAACACAAAUCCAAUGAGCGGGGAAGGUCACCGGGGGAUGCAGCUCCAAAUCGUGGCACUUUCCUCUCCGCCGGCAUUCAUCAAGACGACGGUGAUGGACCGGGCGAGGCGGUGGAUACGUACGAUAAUCAUGCGCUGCUUUUCCCGCCGCAGUCUGAUAAUGGGAACCUGAAUUCCACAGGUCCGAUGCAGGCAUCCUACAACACAGAGGAGCCGUUUUCAGAAGGAGAUUACUCGGAAGCAGACGAUGACACUCGAUUUUCCAAAGACUAUUCCUUCACGAUUGCCAGUCCCGACGAGGAGAUGCACGGCAAGGCUGUUGCACUGUUCGACUUCGAGAGCGAGCACCCGAACGAAUUACCUCUGAAAGAAGGACAGAUCAUUCUGGUGUCGUAUCGGCACGGCCAAGGCUGGCUGGUGGCCGAAGACCCCAGGACCGGCGAGAGCGGACUUGUUCCCGAAGAGUUUGUGCGUCUGGUGAGGGACAUCGAGGGCGGUCUUCACGGCUUGAACUCGGUGUCCCUGGACGAAGGGAAUAAUAUGGACAUCACCAGCCCCGCCUCCACCGACCAGAGUUCGCUGAACACGCCCGUGCCAACCAACGAGCCGCCUCUACAAAACGGCAUCAAACCCAGCAACGGCGGCGGCGGCGGCGGUGGCGGCGCUUCGGCCGAGAAACACGAGAAACACCCAUCCGUCCAAUCCAGUUUCAGCACCAGCAGCCGCGAUUUCAGCCCGUUCCCUAUACCAGCGAAACCCGAAGAUGUCACUGGCGGAACGACACCAACCCGGGACAAGGAAAGUUCGAAUUCCCGCCCAGACGCAGGGACGAGCUGA